AUGCGUGCCAUCCACCUCCCCGGUGUCCUCUCUGGACAGGAACCACCCUUUCGAUUUCCAAGCAUCCUUCCCUCCCCAACGGACGUGGAAUACACAGCAGCAAACUACCCUGAACCUCGUGUCCACCAGCCCACUGACUUCUCAACCCCCAAGCAGCAUGUCUACUUGAUCCGCGUCCUGCUCACCGCCCUGACUCGAGGCGAAUUGACCUGGCAAGAGAUCCUGGAGCCGGCGCGCUUCCACCCCUACGGCGGUGCGAUACCGGGCCAUGAUGUCGUUGGCGUCGUGGACAAAGUCCUCACAGCCUUCGAGGUAGGAUCAGCACCAAAGUUUUCCCCUGGAGAUAGAGUAUGGGCCCUUCUCGACUUCGGCCGUGACGGCGCAGCGGCAACGUAUACUCUGGCAUACGAAAAGGAGCUCAGCCUCGUGCCGUGCAACCCAGACAGCUCCGCCAUUGCGCCUCAUAUUUGGGAGGAACAACUCGCAACACUUCCCCUCUCAGCACUGACGGCAUUCCAAGCCCUUUACACUCACGGCAGGUUACCUCUCCCAUCACCCCAAUCGUUCCCGCUCCUGACAGCCUCGUCCAAGAGAAUUCUCAUCCUGGGUGCGGCAGGCUCCGUAGGCCUUCCAACGCUCCAGCUUGCCAAAGCGUCUGGAUCUCCCGUGAUCGCAACCUGCAGCUCUGCGUCUGCGCCUCUGAUAACGUCCCUGGUUGACAACAUCACCGACACCGUCGUCGACUACACCGCGGAGGCAUAUACUUCAGUGCCGUCCUCCUUCGCCGCUCAAAACCUCCCGCCCGUGGACCUCAUAGUGGACUGCAUCGGAGGAGACACUCUCUCCACCCUCCUCCUCACCACCACCCCGGCGCUCAACACGAUCAUAAACCCAGGCGGUCGCGUGAUGACGAUUGUUGCGCCGAUCAAGGUCUACGGCGAAGAGACGGCCAAGGCGAUCCAGCGGAAUUGCACGAAUGCCCGUGUGGAGGUUGAGUUUUUUAUCGUGAAACCCUCAGGGGAGGAGCUCGAUGUUCUGGCACGGUGGGUGAUGGCGGGGAAACUGAAGGGUUACGUCCAGGAGGUUUUUGAGCUGGAUAGAGGGAGGGACGCUACGGAGGUUGUCGAAGCGAGGGGACGAAGGGGCGGGGGAAAGAUUGUCUUGAGGGUGGCGACACAAUAG